CCUGACUCUGCAUCAUUCGAGUUGAAGUUCCCAGAGCAUCAUGAACGCCAAGUUCCUCCUCCUCUUGGUUGUGGUGGCAUCGGCCGCCGCCCAAAGACGACCCUAUGCUUACCGUGCCCCUGAGUCAUCCGAGGAAUCUUACGAGUCUACCGAAGCCAAGUACAACUUCAACUGGGCCGUGAGCGAUGACUCCUCAAGCAACGAGUUCGGACACCAAGAGGCCCGUGACGGCGACGACACUCAAGGAUCGUACUACGUGCAGCUUCCCGACGGCCGCCUGCAGACCGUCAAGUACUUCGUGGACGGCGACUCCGGCUACGUGGCCGAAGUCAGCUACGAGGGCGAGGCUCGUUACCCCGACUCCUACGAGUCUUUUGAGUCUUUUGAGUCUCGGGAGUACAGGCCACCCAGGCCCGUAUACGGUUAAGGAGGUUUCUACGACAAUGUAUAUAGCUUAAUAUUUAUGAUGACAAUUCGUGGAAGAAUAAACUUUUG